CAUGUAGGCUGUCAUGCAUUUUAGUCAUUUCCAUUCCUCCUGUCAGUAUUAUCUGCUCUGAGCAGGUAUCACAAGAGUUGAGACCAAGAUGGAACGUUUGCUACUGUCACUGGCUAUCUUUCUCAUCAGCACAUCAGCUGCUCAGGCUCAAUUCAAUGGAUGCUUCACUUUUGCAAACUGUACUUCUGCUGUUGUGGGACCGUCUUCCAAUGCCGAGGACUGUUGUGUCAAUAAUGAUGCAGGACUGUAUUACAGUAAUGGUGGUCUAUGCUUCCAGUGCAUAGUGUACGGCUUUGGCUCGGACAACUUCACUAGAGCAGAGGCCCAAUUUCCUUAUGACUUUCCAUUUGGAUACUUCAAGGGUCCACCCAAUGCACUGCUUAGGGUGGCCAUUGACUACAAUGGGGAAGGAACAGUUUUACCGGGGGAGUUUGGUAUAGGUCAGAGUGUUGUUUCUCUACCUCUCAACCCUGGCGGAACAACAUCCAUCACCUUCCAAGCAGACAGAGUGGCAUUGGAACCAGAUGAGACUUUUGUGUUGGAGUUGAGACUGCUUGGUGUGGCAAAUGUUAACAGAGUACUUUUUGCAUCAUCUUUGCCAAAUGUUUUUUUUCGGAGUAGGCAGGAGUUUAUCAUACAGGAUAGCACUGCCCUCGUUUUUCGGCUAAGAGAAAGUGACAGAGUUGUGGAUGAGGGUGAUGGAUUCAUCCCCGUUGAGGUGACAGUGUCCAAUGAGGUAGAACUGGCCUCUGAUAUAUCACUAGUUCUGACACCCAUGGUCGCUACUGAAGAUUUUAGGCCUCUACCAACUACCAGCCCUAAUGCAAGAGCUAACACUUUUGAAGGCAGGAUAGAUUUCUUUACUACACCCAUCACACUGACUUUUAUGGCUGGUGGGGAGAUUAUUUUGGCUGGAAAUGUACUGAUAUUUGAUGAUAUGAUUGACGAAGCCUUGGAGUAUUUUGUGGUUACAUUAACUUUUCUAGAUCCCGAUAAUGUACCACCAUUAGCUUCAAUUGAAAGAGAUGGUGGAGAUAUAAUUCGCAUCGACAUUAUAGAUGACGAUGGUGAGUUAACUAUAAUUACAUAUUAUAUCUUUAUUGGGUUUGCCGUACCAAAUACAACAUAUCUGGAGGAAGAAAGGGAUCACAUAGUUCAAAUUAUCAAAGGAGCAGGCAAUAUCACUGAACAAACCAUCAGUUUUGUGGUUAAUCUAUUCCAAAAUGCUCCACUUGGACUUGGAACUGCCACUCCCUCAGCUGGCGGAGAUGACAAUGAUUUCUUUAUUCAAUCAUCAACUUUCGAAGACAUAGGACCAGAUGAGAAUGACGUUUUUGUAGAUUUGACUAUAUUUGGGGACAAUCUGCCUGAGGUAACAGAAGCUGCUCAACUCAGACUAAGUCUACCACCCAUUGAUAGAAUGUUUCCAGUGUUUAAGAUCCUCCCCCAAUACCCUGAAUUUUUCAUCAUUAUUGAAGAUGACGAUGGAUUCCUCAUUGGCUUCGAGAACACCUCGUACAUAGUUAACGAAGGAAUUGGAAUGCAGGAAGUGUGCGUGGUAAUGUUUGAACCUCCAGAAAACACUCCAUUAGGAACAUUAACCAUCAGUAUUGGAGUUGAAACUGUACAAGGCACAGCAGAUGGAGAUGACUAUACGGAAGUGACCGGAGCCCGUUUCGCUCAUUUUUUGUUCUUUAGUGAUACUAGUCGUCGGAGUUGCUUUAUGGUUGAGAUAACAGAGGACAACCUUUAUGAACUUGAAGAGCAGUUUUCUCUGCGAUUUAUUGAGCUUGAAGGCACUAGUUUACCUGACAAACUUGUGCUCGAUCCAGCUCGCAGUAACAUCACAAUUUUGGACGAUACCGAGGUGACUGUUGGUUUUAUCAACCCACCAUACUCUGCCAGGGAGGACGAAGGACAAAUCAUAUUCACUGUGGGAGUGACUAGUGACCAAAUAUUAGACAGAAAUAUUGAGUUGUCCUUCUCGACUGCAGACGGUCUGCUAGCAGAUUUUCAUUCUAGUAAUACGAUUUUGCUGCUAUGGCUGGUUUGGACUACACUUCGAUCAUCAACAUGCCAAUCAUUCUGA